AUGUCGGAGGAGGAAUUAUUCGCUUCGGGAUCUUUCAUUCCUUUUGCACAGCAAUUGUAUACCCACUUGGAAUCUUCCCAUAAAAAUAACAAUCUAUUUUUCUCACCAUUGAGCAUCUACUCAUGUCUUGCCUUGGCUCUGUGUGGUGCAUCUGACAAAACGUAUCAGGACAUCGCGCACACUCUUAAUUUCGAAACCGCAAAUCUACAAGAACUUGGUGACAGGCUUGCAGAAGUAAAGGCCAGUGACAAGUUGGACACUCUUAAGCUGGCUAAUGGCAUUUUCUGUGAUGCUGGAUUGGAAGUCCAUCCUCUCUUCACGUCGGAUGUUCAAACGUAUUUCCAUGCUGAAGGAAAGCAGGUAGAUUUUGCGUCAAACUGUGAGGAAGCGAGAAAAUACAUUAAUGAGUGGGUUGAGGAGCACACCGAAGAGAAGAUUAAAGAGUUAUUGUCAAGCGAUUCAAUUGACAAUAGCAUACGAUUUGUCUUGGUAAACGCCAUAUAUUUCAAAGGAACUUGGAAGAAGGUAUUUCACCGCGAUUACACCCAUGACAUGCCUUUCCACACUCUGGAUGGUAAGAAGGUAACCGUGCCAAUGAUGAAGACGCAUGGAGUGUACGAAACAUACAUUUGUUCUGAGAUUAGUGCUACUUGUGCCAAAAUUCCGUUCAAGACCUGCCAUAUGCUACUAGUUGUGCCCAAAGAUAAGAAGGGUCUGCCACGUUUGUUGAAACAUCUUUUGGACACUCGUCAUCGUGAACACUUUGAAGCCCUCUUCAUAACUUCGAAUUAUAAUAAGGUUAGAUAUGACCUCUUAUUGCCCAAAUUCAAGCUUGGAACCAAUGGAAAAGGUAUGGAUUUGAAGAAAAUAGUCUCAGGAAUGGGAGCUGCAUCUAUGUUUGAUCCGAGUGAAGCCAAAUUCGAACGAAUCACAACGAAGGAAAGGCUUUGUGUGUCAGCGAUGGUGCAUAAAGCUAUGAUCGAGGUGAAUGAAGAAGGGGCCGAGGCAGUUGCAGCCACAAAAAUUUUGGGUGUGCCACUAUCAACCCACCCCUGUAUUAAUGCUGAUCAUCCAUUUCUCUUCUUCAUUGUCACUGACAAUGGAUUUCCAGUAUUUGCGGGUCAUGUGAUGAAUCCAUUGGAAGAAUAG